AGACCGUAAUCUCACUCCAUCUCUGGGUUCGAUGAAAUCCACCAUAUCCGAUGCUUUCGCUGUUUUUGUUUUCCACUAAAUCGAGAAAUUCGUUCUAAUCACAGAGAAAGAUGGCGUCCUUUAAGUUGAUGUCUUCUUCCAACUCGAGAAAUUCCGAUCUGUCUCGCCGUAAUUCUUCUUCUGCUUCAUCUUCUCCCUCUGUAAGAUCGAACCAUCUCAGACACUCCGAUCACUCGAGGAUCACUUUCGGUUACGGCGGAGUAAACGAUGUGACGACGUUACACGACUACAACUUCGCCUUUGAUCCAAAUCUCAUGGAGACGGCUAUUGAUCUUGACCGGAGCAACGGAGACCGGAACAGCGUAAACGGCGGAAGAAAGAGUGUGGACGAUGUUUGGAAAGAGAUUGUGUCGGGAGAGAAAAAGACGAUUAUGAAGGAGGAAGCAGUAGCACAGGAAGAAGAUACAAUGACACUUGAGGAUUUCUUAGCGAAAGCAGCAUCAGCCAUGGAUGAUGAUGAUGAUGAUUCCGACGAAAUCGAUGUCAAGAUUCCGCCGGAGAGACUCAGCUAUACGACGUUCGAUUAUCCGAUGAUGCAGCAGCACAAUCCGUUUCAAAUGACUGAAGGAUCCAACGGUGGAGGAAUGAGGGGAAAGAGAGGGAGAGUGAUGAUGGUGGAGGCGGCAAUGGAUAAAGCUGCAGCUCAGAGACAGAAGAGGAUGAUCAAGAACCGUGAAUCUGCUGCUAGGUCUAGAGAGAGAAAACAGGCUUAUCAAGUGGAGUUAGAGACUUUGGUUGCCAAGUUAGAGCAAGAGAACGAACAGCUUCUCAAGGAAAUCGAAGACAAGGCUAAAGAGAGAUACAAGAAUCUUAUGGAGCAAUUGAUUCCGGUUGAUGAGAAACCAAGGGCAUUGUCGAGGUCCUUUAGCAGGAGCCACUCCUUGGAAUGGUAAAAUAGUUGAAAGUCUCUGGUGUAUUUUGUAGCGGUAAAUAGUUUGUAUAUGUAAAUAAACCUAUGGGCUUGAUUACCAUAAUAUGAUAAUCUAUAUAGUAAAUGAUGGGGACUAUGGUUACUACUUGCCUUUCAAUUUCUCAGGGAUGUAAUGGAUAUUACAUAUAGCUUUUGCCUGAUUCUAAUGA